UAAAACCAUGGCACUGUGUUACGUUGUCGCCACGAUAACAAAAACUAUGUUUCGGUGAUGUUUUGAACAUAUCAAUGGGGAAAUUUGAAAAAUUGCGGAACCAAAGCCAUGCCUGAAGCAAAUACGAAUAAUCUUAACCGCUUUUACUCAAAAAACACCUGUCAAGAUGACAAGGAAUAUCGUAAAAAAUCCGAGCUCUUGCAUUGGAAGGACAUGCCAAGGCAUCUACAGUUUAACCCAUAUAUUUACACAGGAUACAGGCCCCUUUUGUCAGCGUGGGGCUGCAUUAAUAGCAUUUUUUAUGUUCACAACGAAACUAUUAACAUUUUGACUCACGCUAUUCCUAUAAUAUACAUACUUUUCACGGUGCCUCAAACUCUUCCAUGGUCGAAUAUAAACUUGCGCUUCCUGGCCUGGUGUCACAUUGCUGGAUUAAUAUGCCCAUGGGUUGGUAGCUUUUUUUACCAUGUUUUUAUGAAUUUAGAACGAGGAGAAAACAUAUAUUACAAGCUUUUGCAAAUAGACAUGUUGGGAAUUUGGAUUAGUCAAAGUUUUGGUGCAAUGCCAAUGGUUACAGCUACUACUUAUUGCCUUCCAUAUAUACUAAGAAUAUUUUUAUUAACUUCAUACUGUAUGUUAAGUGUUUAUGGUUUAUUUAAAGCACUAACAGCAUGGUCCCCUUGGGAAAGACGGUUAUGCUUUCUUUUACCUUUUAUUAUGAGAAUAUGGCUUUGGAUAUUGAGGGUAUCUAGUUGGGGAGGAGGAGACCCCAAUGCAUUUUCCCAUGUGUUAUUACAAGAUAUUGUAUCAAUAAUGGGUGGAGCAAUAGGUGCUAUGCAUAUUCCUGAAAAAUGGUUUCCUGGUUCUGUGGACAUGUACCUCAAUUCGCAUAACAUUAUGCAUAUCCUUGUAGUUGUGGCAGUGUACUCGAUGCAUACAGCAACAAUGAAAGAUCUCAUGUGGAUGUCAAGAGUCAAUUGUAGCGGAAAUCUUUAACACGCGCUUUGGUUCCGCGAUUAAUUAAAUAAUAAAAUUCAUUGUGUAAGUUGUAAAUUUAUAUGCACCAACAACAAAUAACUGGCUAAUACCGCCUAAAACGUAAGUAAUAAAAUAAAGGCUUAAGGCGGAGGUUUAUUGUUUAAGAAUACAAUACAUUUUUUACAUUUAUAUUGUCGU